CCCAAACUCUCUCUUUCCAUCUCUUUUGUUCACUGAUCUCUUUCGAUCAUGGGUUCGAGUUUUCAUUACACUAUAGAUCUCAAUGAAGAUCAAAACCACCAAGCUUUUUUCUCUCCUCCUAGAUCCUCUCUUCAUCAUAACCACCAUCAAUACCAUAAUGAUGAUGAUCAUUUAGCUCCUUCUAAUCUCUCUUCUCCAUCAUCUUCUUUAACUCCACCAUCUCUUUCCCACCUCCCUUUCUUGAUCAAUUCUCACCAAGAUCAAAUACAAGUUGGGUACAACAACAACACUUUUCAAGGUUUUCUUGAUCCCCAUCUCUCCCAAUCCCUCGAGAUGAAGAAGUUUGUAUCUAAUGGUGGAUCACCAUCCAGCGAUCAAGUGGUGCCAAAGAAGGAGACACGAAUAAAAUUGACGAUAAGGAAGAAAGAGAAUCAUCAUGAUCAUGAACAUGUGAGAUUGAUGAAGAUGAAGACGAUGAUCACCACCGCCGAUCACAACGACAAACAACACGUUAAUAACGACCAAGCCAUGAACCAAAGAAAUUUCGAAAGAGAUCACCAUGAUCAACUAGUCUCGACAAAUCAGUACAAUAAUAUUGUCAACGAGACUGGUUAUAAUGGAAGCAACAGUUGCGUGGUUAGGACUUGUUCCGAUUGUAACACGACCAAGACUCCUCUUUGGAGAAGUGGCCCGAGAGGUCCCAAGUCUCUAUGUAACGCCUGUGGGAUAAGGCAAAGGAAGGCGAGGCAGGCCGCUAUGGCAGCUGCAGCCGCAACCACAAACUCUGAGUACUUGUUGUCACCACCUCUCCUGAAGAAGAAGAUGCAAAGCAAGAACAAGAGAUCAAAUGAAGUUAACAAUCUCUCUUCUCCUUUGGCUCCAAAGGUAAAGAAAUGUAAGAGCAUGAGUACCUCGGUGAUGGAGAACGCAACAUCCAAAGAUAUGGAGAACAAAGGCAAAUCCAGUAUGUCGAACAACUUUUAUUAUGAUGAUUUAGCGAUGGUCUUGAGCAAAAGCUCAGCUUAUCAGAAAGUUUUCCCUCAAGAUGAGAAAGAGGCUGCCAUUUUACUAAUGGCUCUAUCGUACGGAAUGGUUCACGGGUGAUCCUUGUUUUUAUUAAACCUCCCUUUUUAAGAAAUAAGGGAAAUAUUCUUAUAAACUAUACCAUAAUCCCUCAUAUGUUAUGAUUAAGUUUUGUUCUUUUCUCUUAAAAAAAAAAGUUUUGUUCUCUUAGUAUCAGUCAGCUCAAACUUAUGGGGCUUAUUAGUUUCUAAUAGUGAGAAUAUUUAUGUAUGGAGCUUGGUAUAUUCCGAUAAUGUGGC